UUUUUUUUGGUCCUGGUCGUCGCGCGUACGAAUGGGAAACAUACAUUCGGAAUCCUUUUCUUGUCCCACUACAGAGAAUUGGUACUACUUUAUCGCAGAACCCGAAUUACUUGUAUGACCUUCUAUCGGUGUCCGGUUUUUGUUCUCGUUUUUGUUCUCGUAUCUUUCCUUCAGAUUACCUUGGAUUUAGACCGAAACAAGACCUUCUAUUCAAAGUGUCAACAAACACCAAACAUACCACAAUCACUCGCCACAGAUACCUAUACACCUAACAAGUACGCAUACACCCACACAUACUACGUACCUACCCACCCACCAGGCCCAAAAUGAGACCAGCGGCUGUUCUAUGCGGCACGGAUCCUUCUCACACCAAGCACUUGAGUGAACACCUUGCUCAUAAAAUAGAAGUCGUCCAUGUCUGUUCCAACACCCAAGCCGCCCUCACAGAGAUCCCGGCUUUGUUGAGCGGAGAAAAGGUCAUCCCUUCGAGCGGUCAAGGAGCCAACGCUACUGGUGAUACACCACGCACCGACGUCUCUCUCGUCGUCAUCGGCCGUUUCGAACCGGCAGACUCCCAAGCCAUCACCGAGGUCAUCGAACAGGUCAAACCCCUGGCCGUCUUGAUCGCCGACCCCACCAAAAAGUCGCCGGGUCAACAGGGUCCCCCGACCAUCGAGAUGAUCCAGGCCAGGAUCCUGGAGAGCAUCGGCGCCGCCGAGAGUGCUGACGGGACCUUGGUACCUGGGGUCUAUAGGUUCUAGAUUGUCCCGGUAUGGAACCAAAGUGCUAAAGUGCUUAAACGGGCACGGAGUGGCAUGCUAUGCCAAAUGCUAUAUGCUCUGCUAGAGAUGACGAGAAAGCAUUAAUGCACCUUGCAGGAAGUUACCAGAAGGAUAAAGAAAAAGGGCCGAAAGAGGC